CUCGACUGCAAACUCAACACCGGAAAAGUCGAUGCCAGCUAGAGAGCCAAGCGUCCCCGCUUCUCAGUUGUCGUCGUCAACGAUACCAUUCGGCUUGCUUCCACUCCACAUUAGAUUACCCGCCUGCUGGCGCCGCAUCUUGCAGCGACGAAACCACAAACGAAUCUAUGUGGUAAUAUCACGCAAUGCUAUAUUGCACUGCAAUCUAACAUACAUAGUUCCGAUAACAUCUCAAUGUUGGACCACCCAGACCUGCAUCGGCACUAUACCUCAACUACCUACAUGCCGUCUCAUCCAUCUCGACAUGGCUGAGACACUCUACAAAGCUUACUCCCGCUAUCGGACCCAGCAAAGUGAUAUUGCGGGUCCAAUGAGUCCGGAUAGGUGCAAACACACCUUCCCUUCUCCAUUCCGUCUCGUCUCUACAUGGUAG